AUGUCGGUGUCGAGCAGGAACCCGGUUCCUGGAGAAUCAGAUCCGGCUGUGUCCUUUUUGAGCGCUGUCAGUGAAGUGUCACGACCUGCCAGGACCAUCCGCCUCCGUGACAUCUACAACCCCCCGCCUCCACCUGAAAGGAAACCAGUGGCAAUAAGACCCCCGAGUCCUUGUCUUCGUCCUUGUUCUCAUCCUUCUGCUCCAACAGAGUGUCGGAGUUUCUCCUGCGAACCUGAGCCGAGAGCCAUCAUGAGAAGAAGAUCUCAGUCUCUCCCUUAUUCGGACGAGAUGACGACUCGCAGGUGCUCGCAAGUCCGAUUCAUCGACUGUUUGGGCCUCCAGCUGGAACGUGUCAAGUUCUUCCAGGUCGGCGAAGACCCCAUCGUUCCAGAUCACGUCCUAAAUAGGUUACUUGCCAGCUCUGAGCUUGCAUCGGGGAAACAUCUGGAGCUCUCGCUGCCCUUCUUUCAGCCAUUUUUCCCUGAGAACAUCAGCAGUGAGCCUGAUUUCCUGCAGCGGCUGUGUCAUCGACGUGUUUGCCUCGAGCAAGUCCACUGCUCUGAACUGGGCAUCACUGGAUCAGCGCAAGUUCUCAACCUGGCUUUUGAGAAACAGGUCAGCGUUCGGUACUCAUUCACAGGCUGGAAAAGCAGCGCCGAGUGUAAAGCAUGCUGGGUUUCUAGUGUGCACCGAGAUAAUGUGCAAUCCGAUGUGUUUCGCUUUCGCUUGCCCGUGCCGCCGUUCAUCCUGAAACCAGGAGCCAGUUUGGAGUUCGCCAUCUGUUACCGUGUCCUCGGGACUGAAUACUGGGACAACAACGAUGGACAGAACUACAAACUGGCCUGCCAUACGUACAAGCUGAUCGUGCCGAAGGAGUGUGAGGACAGCAUGGUGCACUUCACCUAA